CCGCCGCCGCUGCCGUCGUCGUCGUCGUCGUCGUCGUCGUCGCCGCCGCUCGGCCGAGCACGUCUGCAACUGCGUGGUUUCCGGCGUUGGCGGCCUUCGAAGGCGCGCUAGGAAAGCCGAGGCCUUUUGGGGCCAGCGUUUUCCGUCGUCUUCGCGGCCCUGGACUCGUGCGCCCCCCGCGCCCCCCCGGCCGAAGAGAAGGUGGACGCGUGAGGGAGCCGCCGCGAUUAACUUUAAAAUUUGAAAUCAAUCUAUAUUCAUGGAGAGUGAUUAUAUUCAAACCACAAUAUGUCAAGAAAGAAAAAAAGACCCAGUAGAAAUGUUUCAUUCUGGACAGCUGGUAAAAGUCUGUGCCCCAAUGGUUCGAUAUUCAAAGUUGGCUUUUAGAACUUUGGUAAGAAAAUACAAUUGUGAUCUGUGCUACACACCAAUGAUAGUUGCUGCUGAUUUCGUCAGAUCUAUAAAAGCCAGAGACAGUGAAUUUACCACUAAUCAAGGUGAUUGUCCACUGAUUGUUCAGUUUGCAGCUAAUGAUGCAGGACUUUUAUCUGAGGCUGCUCGUAUAGUCUGUCCUUAUGCAAAUGGAAUAGACAUUAACUGUGGUUGCCCUCAGAGGUGGGCAAUGACAGAAGGUUAUGGAGCUUGCUUAAUAAACAAGCCAGAGCUUAUUCGUGACAUGGUAAAACAAGUAAGAAAUCAAGUGGAAAAUCCUGGAUUUUCAGUAUCUAUUAAAAUAAGGAUCCAUGAUGAUCUUAGAAGAACUAUAGAUCUUUGUCGAAAGGCUGAAGCAACAGGAGUUUCCUGGAUUGCAGUUCAUGGGAGAACUGUUGAAGAAAGACAUCAGCCAGUUCACUAUGAGGCCAUUAAAAUAAUUAAGGAAAACAUGUCUAUACCUGUAAUUGCUAAUGGGGACAUCAGAAGCUUAAAAGAAGCAGAAAAUGUCUGCCAUAUUACUGGGACAGAUGGUGUGAUGGUUGCAAGAGGACUCUUAACAAACCCUGCCAUGUUUGCUGGAUAUGUGGAAACCCCUCUGACAUGCGUCUGGGACUGGGUUGACAUUGCUCUUGAACUUGGAACUCCUUUUAUGUGUUUUCAUCAACAUUUAAUGUACAUGAUGGAAAAAAUAACUUCAAAGCAGGAAAAAAGAGUUUUUAAUGCUUUGUCAAGCACAUCGGCAGUCUUAGAUUAUCUUACAGACCAUUAUAAGAUCCAUUAGGCUUUCUAAAUUAUUUUAAUCUACUUCAUCUUAUACCCAACAAUGAAAAUACACUGGUCACAUUUUGGUUUUUACUUUAAAUCAGUGACUUUCAAAUCAGCCUUUGCCUCCUUUGCCUACAUCUUUAGAGAGUCUGAUUCUCGAAAGAUUAGGAUAGCCCCAUAAUUUACAAUAUUACAGGUUCAAAUGAUUCAAAUAUUUCCACUAUAUUAGAUUCAAACUGUGACAGAAACUACUCUGAAUUCUUAUAUGGAUUUAUUUUUUAAUGUGAUGCUUUUCCUAAAGGAAUCAUGUUAUUGUUUUUUUACAAAAUUUUUACUAUAAAAGUGACUAACCUAUAAAUAAACCUGGUUUGCUUUUAAGCAAGUGCCAACAGCUAUGUAAAAUAAGGAGCCAUAAGAAGUUCUGUAUAGGAUUGCAUUCCCAGCUUACAUUAAAAAUCUAAUUGGAAAAUCAAACUGUUACUUCCUAAAUGAAUUAUACACCUCACAGGUUGUUUUCAUUUAUGUAUAACUCAGGUUUUUUUGUGUUUGUCACUGACAAACACUGAGUGUUAAUUGAACAUCAGAUUUUAUUUAAAACUGAAAAUCAAUGAAACUCUUAAGUUACAUUAGAUUUGCAUUUUAACAUAUGUAGAGCCUUUGAACAUAUGAGUCUAACUAAUAUGACUUUCAAAGUGAUCAUUAUUUCAGUCCCUCACAAUCUCAGGUAUAAAAAUUGUGGGAGUAACUGACCUGAAAACGAUUAUAUAUUCAAAACAUCAUUUCUUAAGGAAUAAUGACCAGGUCUUUUAAUUUAAAAAAAAAAACUUAACUUUCAUGCUCAGUUUUUAGUGAUAGCAUCUUUCUAUCUUCUGGCAGUUGGCGAUACUACUUUGAACUAAAAAGUAGUUUUUUUUAGUUCAAAGUUAAGUUCCAUAGGUUGGAUAUGUUCGUGGUAAGAGUUUUGUGGCCAGAAAUAGAUAUUUUAUGUUAAGUUUCAUAAUUAAAACAUUGUUCUUUAUAUUACCAGCUUGAAAAGUGUCACUAUAAGGAGCUAGUUUGGGAAUAAUAAUUGAAUCCAUAUCGCCACAUUUCUAGCUACAAUUAUUUAUCAAUUUGAUGUCUUUUAAAGAUUUUUUGUUUCAUUUCACAUUAAAAAUAGGGAAUCAUGGUCAAAACAUGGUCAUUUUUAUGUUUAUAGAUUCACUCUGAAGUGAAUUUUAUCACUGCUGUACACAUAACCGGAUAUUAUUAAGGUGGGGGGGGGGGGAUCUUGCAAUGUUAAAACCACAUUUAGUGUCUUCGGUUUUUGUUUUUGUU